UUUAAGUAAUACUAAAAACUCCCACCAGGUAUCAUCCGUUUUAUUUAUCAGUAUGCCAGCAGGUUACUGUAAAAGUAUGCGUGUUUAUAUUGGCAAGAUUUCUCAAAAUCCCAUCAAUCACCCAUCUGUCCUCCUCUCAGUUUUUCUGGACAGUCCCACCUUUGUUACGCAAAUUUCUCGCAGACUCCUCCGCUUUUAACUAGUCUGUGUUCCGAUCAUCUAUUAAAUCUCAGUGACUGCACGACAAGCCAUUGUGAAUUAAACAAUAGAUGUUUAUUAUUUUUUCCCCCUUUUUGUUUUUCAUCAGUGAUCUGCCUCUAGAAUGCAUCAUCUAUUGUCGGUAGACGGAGCGUGAACUGGUCACCUUGUCUUUCAGCUCAACACUUGGCCGCAUGCCAGCGAGAAGGUGUCUGCCAGUUGGACCGAGGCGCAGGAUUUGGGCGAAACUUGUUUUUCUGCUCUGUGGGUUAACUUUACGCUUUAGGUCUUAGCUUUUCCUAGACAAUGAAUGGCUGGCAUGGCUAUCACAGGGAGAUCAAUCAGCUUCUUAGAAACAUGUGGGUGUUUCCACAAAGCGGACGCCUGGGAUCACCCAUGAACGUAAUUAAAACCCUCAUUUGAUGUGACUCAGCGGGCUUAUUAGACGUGCAGAUAUUUGCGUUUCAGGGUUAGGCCCACGAGGCGACACUGGCAUCUAUCAAGUCAAUCCAGGACGAGGCUGGACACUGGAGCUUGUGCGUAACCACUGAGCCGGACCUCGAAGAUCGAGUUCAUGCUUGGCACUCUUUGUAUCCGUCUGAGUCAGCGCCCUGUGGAAACCGGUAGCGCACCUGGCCUCCCUCUGAUGCACUUAUAGCGCACGAAAACGUUGGCUUUUUCCUCGCACCGUUGCAGGGUUUUUUUGCACAUUAACCCAGGUGGCGGAACACGGCGGCCUGAACAUCAUGUCCCUGAACAAGUUCAGCCAGAGCUCCUCUUCCUCGUCAUCCUCCAGCUCCAUACGGGACAAGAAGGUCUUCGCCAAGCUCAAGCUCAAUCUGUCGGGGGACUACCCGAGGAAGAACGCGGAGCUGCUCAGCGCUCAGUAUGGGAUAAACCUGCUGCUGGUCGGGGUGGCGCUGAUACUGGCCAUCGCGCACCGAGACGCCUCCGUUGAGGAGAAGGACCUGCUCUCCUUCACCACCGGCCUCAUGAUACUGCAGCUGAUCUGGAUGCUGUGGUACAUCCUGGUGCGGCGCAGCCAGAGGAACACACGAACCGAGAGGGAUGUCAAUGCCACGACAUGCUGGAUAAGAGGUGGUUUAACUCUUCUUGCCAUCCUCUCGUUGAUCAUGGACGCCUUGAAAAUCGGAUACUAUGUUGGAUAUCGGCUGUGCUUGUCGGCAUCGCACGUAGUCUAUCCCGUCAUCCACGCCAUUCACACCGUAGCGCAGGUAAAUUUUCUCUGGUUUCACAUCAAGGAUGUGAUCAAGAGCUUUGAGACAUUUGAAAGGUUCGGAGUGAUUCACGCGGUCUUCACCAACCUCCUCCUGUGGUGCAACGGCGUGAUGUCAGAGACGGAGCAUUUUAUGAACAACCACGUCAGAAGGACCUUGGAACUGGAAUUUAAAAAUAUCACCGAAGGGGAGCUGGAGCUGGAGCCGGAGCUGCAUUGCAACUGCACAACGAGCACAUGCGCCCUGUUCUCCCAGAGCUUCACGUACCUCUUCCCGUUCAACAUCGAGUACCACAUCUUUGUCUCCGUGCUGCUUUUCGUCAUGUGGAAAAACAUCGGACGCACCAUCGACGUGUCCUCAAACAGAAAAAGUCUGGUCACCAAAACACAGGGGUUGACUUUGGGCCCCAUUCUAGGUCUCCUCGCACUGGUCAGCACUAUCGGAAUACUGGUGGUCUACAUUACGCGGUUAGAGGGCCCCCGGGAAGUUCACCAGUCAGCCAUUUCUAUGUUCUACAUUUACGGCAUCGUCAUGCUGGUGGUCAUGUGUUCUGCUGGCGCUCUGGGUUUGCUCAUCUACCGCGCAAACCACAUGCCUCUCGACGCAUCAAAGAACCCUUCGAGACAGCUGGACACGGAGCUGCUGUUCGGGUCGGCCCUGGGCUCCUGGUUCCUGUCCUGGUGCAGCAUCGUGUCAGUACUGAGCAGCAACAGUGACCCUCCCCACCGCUGGACCAACCUAAUCUACUCCCUGCUCAUUGUUCUGGAAAAGUACGUCCAGAACCUCUUCAUCAUCGAGUCCCUGUAUCGCCGGCAGGAGAGCGUGGAGAGGGCGGACCCGGAGUUGCCCACCAAUCCGGAGGUUUCCUCGGUGACUGCGUCUCUGCCUCCCUUAAACGGGAUUGACAACCAGGCAUACGAGUCUCCAGGCGGGGGCUCCGGCCCCACGGAGAAUGAGCAGGAGGAGAACGGGCAGGUGUACGGAUCCCAGCGGAAGCAGUCGAAUGUGCCGCUGCCCGUUGACUCUCACGUUGCGGAAUCCUCAAACAUGAAGAGGCUCAUCCUGAAGAACAUUGCUGUUUUACUGUUAUUGUGCAAUGUUUCGCUGUGGAUCCUUCCCGCCUUCGGCUGCAGGCCACAGUACGACAACGGCCUGGAAGAGGAGACGUUCGGCUUCAGCACGUGGACCAAUGUUCUCAAUUUUGUCAUUCCUCUCAACCUCUUCUACCGCAUGCACUCCGUGGCCUCCCUGUUCGAGGUGUUUCGCCGAGUCUGAUCGAAGAGCCGGCGAGCAGUGGCCGACAAGAUGCGCCGGAACCCUCGCCAGCAACCAGCGGCGCAGUUCAGCUGUUCAGGA